AUGGCCGCCCCCGCCGCUGCCGCUACCCCCGCCCCCGCUGCCGCCGAGGCAAAGCCUGCCGCGCCUGCUCCUGCAGCUGGCGCCGGCGCCGGCAAGGACAAGAAGGAGAAGAAGGAGAAGAAGAAGGGCCCUCCUCCCUCUGGCGAGCUCAGCCCCCCGCCCGAGUUCUUCGAGGAGCGUAUCAAGAUCUUUGACGAGCACAUGGCAAAGUACAAGGCCUUUGUCGCCGAGCAGCCCCGCGUCCCCAUCACCGUCACCCUGCCUGACGGCAAGAAGAUUGAGGGUACCGCCUGGGAGACCACCCCCCUGUCCAUCGCCAAGGGCAUCGCCGCAUCUUUGGCUGACCGUGUCAUUAUUGCCAAGGUCAACAACCAGGAGCUGUGGGACCUGAACCGCCCGCUCGAGGCCUCGGUCGACCUCGCACUCCUCGACUUUGACUCUCCCGACAACGACUACGAGGCGCGCCAGGUCUUCUGGCACUCGUCGGCACACGUCCUCGGCGAGGCCUGUGAGCGCUCGUUUGAGGGAUGCUGCCUCGGCUACGGUCCUCCCCUUCCCGAGGGUGGUUUCUUCUACGACAUGGGCCUCGCCAACGAGCGCACCAUCAACCAGGAGGACCACAAGUCCAUUGAGCAGGUCGCGUCCAAGGUCGUCAAGGAGAAGCAGCCUUUCGAGCGUCUUUCGCUCCCCAAGGAGGUUCUCCUCGAGAUGUUCAAGUACAACAAGUACAAGCAGCACUACAUCAACGACAAGGUCCCUGAUGGCACCUCGUCGACCGUCUACCGCUGUGGCCCUCUUAUCGACCUGUGUCUCGGUCCCCACGUCCCCCACACCGGCCGUAUCAAGUCGCUUGCUGUUACCAAGAACUCGUCGUCAUACUUCCUCGGUGAUGCCAAGAACGACUCGUUCCAGCGUGUCUACGGCAUGUCGUUCCCCGACUCGAAGCAGAUGACCGAGUGGAAGAAGCUGCAGGAGGAGGCCGCCAAGCGCGACCACCGCAAGAUCGGCAAGGACCAGGAGCUGUGGUUCUUCUCGGAGCUCAGCCCCGGUUCGCCCUUCAUGCUCCCCCACGGCAAGCGUAUCGAGAACGCGCUUAUGAAGUUUGUGCGCGAGGAGUACCACAAGCGCAACUUUGUCGAGGUCGGCUCGCCCAACAUGUUCAACUCGAAGCUCUGGCAGACCUCGGGUCACUGGCAGCACUACGCCAAGGACAUGUUCACCCUCAAGGUCGAGGAGGAGCAGUUUGCCCUCAAGCCCAUGAACUGCCCUGGCCACUGUGUCAUCUUCGCUUCGCGUGACCGCACCUACCGUGAGCUCCCCAUCCGCAUGGCCGAGUUCGGUGUCCUCCACCGUAACGAGGCCACUGGUGCGCUUUCGGGCCUCACCCGUGUGAGGAGGUUCGUCCAGGACGAUGCCCACAUCUUCUGCACUGUCGACCAGAUCGAGCAGGAGCUCUACGGCGCGUUCGACUUCCUCGACGCCAUCUACAAGCCCUUCGGCUUCACCUACCGUGUCGGUCUCUCGACCCGUAACCCCGAGAAGUGGAUGGGCGACCUCGCCGUCUGGGACAAGGCCGAGGCCUCGCUCCGCGCUGUGCUCGAGGACCGCGUGCCCGGCAACUGGCACACCAACCCCGAGGACGCCGCCUUCUACGGCCCCAAGCUCGACUUUGACCUCACCGACGCCCUCGGCCGCAAGUGGCAGUGUGGUACCAUCCAGCUCGACUUCCAGCUGCCCGAGCGCUUCGACCUCGAGUACCGCGGCAAGGAGACUGCAUCGGACGGCACUCAGUUCCACCGCCCCGUCAUGAUCCACCGUGCCAUUCUCGGCUCGAUCGAGCGCUUCCUCGCCAUCAUCACCGAGAACUGCGGUGGCAAGUGGCCCUUCUGGCUCUCACCACGCCAGGUCGUCGUCAUCCCCGUCGCCGCCCCCUUCCGCGAGUACGCCACCCAGGUUGCUCAGCGCUUCUCGGACGCCGGCAUCUACGCCGAGGCCGACCUGUCGGACAACACCCUCAACAAGAAGAUCCGUACCGGCCAGACCCAGCAGUACAACUUCAUCAUGGUUGUCGGCGAGGACGAGUUCAAGGCCGACGCCGUCAACAUCCGUAACCGUGACGACGAGGUCCAGGGCCGUGAGCAGACGGUCAAGAUCGACGAGGCCAUUGCCAAGCUUGUCGAGCUCCGCGACACCCGCGCAUUGAUUUCCAAGCUCAACUAGCAGCACCAUCAUAGUAGAGGAGGUAGUGACAUGUGGUGUCUGUAAUCAUGCAUUGAUAUCUGAGCGGUUACUAUACAGCGGCAGCGUGCCCUAUUGUCCUCUACUCGUCGCCGAGCGGCUCCUCUGCCGUCAUCUUGCCGAGCAGCUUCCAGUUCUUGGCGUACGUUGGCUUGUAUAUCCUGAUGACGCCCUCGUCGUCGGACGUAGUCAAUGUCGUGCCGGUCGCGUUCCACUCGACCAUGCCGACACGUGCGCCCUUGGGGAACUCGGCGACGACCUCGGACGACCAGAUCCUCGGCGCACCCUCCUCGUCUCCGGGAGGCUGCACCUGCCAGAUCCUGACCACGCCAUCGCGCGAUCCCGUCGCGAUGAGGUGGUAGCUGCGGCCGCAGGACGGCGCCCAUGCGAUCGCGGUGAGCGGGGACGUGUUCCCGGGGGUCUGGAGCAGGGCCACGGCCUUGGGGAACGGAUCCAGCGUCACAAUCUUGGCCGUCGGCGCCGUGCCAGAGAAGACGGCGAUGACGCUACCCCACCACUUCUCCUUGCACCAGCUGAUUCCCCAGCCGCCAGUGGCUGCUUCGGCCGACGCCGGACCAUCUCCAGGCGUCGAGGGUGCGGGCGGCUCCUCGCCGUGCGGCGCGGCGAGCGACGGGACGUGGACGUCAAACACGAGCGACCAGUCGUUCAGCUCGGGGUCGAGCGACGUGUGCACACGCAGAUGCGAGUCGGUCGCGAUGGAGGCCACGCGCAGCCCGUAC